AUACUCGCGAAUAUUGUUGUUCUUCAUGCUGUUUGUAUAAAUAAAUAUAAGAAGAUCGGCCGUAUAAAACAAAGGAAAUAUUUUCGCGCUUAUGAGUUGCGAGUUUGGUAUUUUUGGAAAGGCGCGGUAACUAAGCGUGCAAGGUUGUGUCGAGGAACAAAAAGGCCUUUGACUCACAUCCGUAAAAAUUCGUUAUUUAUUUUAAUGCGCAGCAGCGUCGAAAUACCUUCGGAAAACGUGAUAAAACGGAAAAAGAAAGUGAAGCGCCAAAACCAAAACAGAUGUCGAAUUGUUCUCGUGACGUCACGGCCGUUGACUGAUGGAUUGGCCACGAGAGGUCGGUGUCCGGCCGAAAUUCGCCGUUUCCAGUACACAGAGCAACAGAGCAGCGAGUAGCUUACUUUCCAAACGGCUAAUCUCGGUAUCGAUAAUUCGAACGAUGGCUCGUGGUGCGUUUAUUGUUUUGGAGGGACUAGAUCGAGCGGGAAAGUCGACGCAGGUGUCGAUGAUCGUCGAGGCGUUGAAGGAGAGAAAUGUACCUGUCGAGAGGCGUGUGUUUCCUGACCGAAGCACCGCUAUCGGCGGUAUAAUAAAUGACUACUUGGCGAAGAAAAUCGAGCUGGCCCCGGAAGCAGUGCACCUGCUGUUCUCGGCCAAUCGAUGGGAGUGCAAGGAUGGCAUUCUCGAGACACUGGAAAAAGGGACGACUUUGAUCGUCGACAGAUACGCAGCUUCCGGCGCAGCUUACAGCGCAGCGACGACCGGUCGGCCGUUGUCCUGGUGUACGUCUCCUGAUCAGGGUCUACCAGCACCGGAUUUGGUGCUCUACCUAGACGUGACACCCGAUACGCAGCAGCAGAGGUCCAACUGGGGUGAGGAGCGAUUCGAACGUGCCGAGACUCAGCGCAAAGUCGCCGAGAAUUUCCGAAAGCUGUCCGAGAGCGGUAACUGGGCGUUCGUCGAAGCUGGAUUGGAUAAGCUCGAAGUGCAUCAGAAGUUGUUGCAGAAGGUGCUGGACUUGUUGGAGGGAUGCAAGGAUAAGCCAAUAGGGAAGCUUUACGAGGAUUAGGGUGUAUUUUAUCAGUGCGAGAAUCCUGAUUUUGAUGUAUAGACAUAUAUUUUUUUAUGAUAUUGAUGGCUAUUGUACCAUAACGUUAAGGGAGUAUAAGAUCAACCAAAGACUUGUGUAAUGUACUUAAAUAUACUUGUUUCAAACUCUGAAUGUCUCGUUGAUCGUGUAAAUAAAACUAGGAAACAGACUCCUUGUUUCGAUCCACAGAAA